AUGAAGAGCUCUAUCCUCCUUUCUAUUGCGGCCAUCGCCGCCCAGGUCAUCGCCCUCCCCACCAUGGAGGACCGAUCCGUGGCUCUCCCUAUUAGAGAGUUGAACUUUCCUUCUCAAGCCGAUGUCAGACCCGUUCUGCGCCGUGGCAAGGGCCAGCAAGGCGAGCAAGCUGGCGACGACGUCGACGUGCAGCAGGAAGCCGAGAAUGAAGGCGAGAACGGAGUUGCCAACAACAAGGCCGCCAAGGACGCCGCUGCAGCUGGAGGAGUCGGUGCCGCUGCAGGUGGUGCCACAACCGGCGGUGCCGCCAAAAACGGAACCGCCAACGCCGGAGGCAAGAAGAAGAAGAAGGGCAAGAAGACCGCAGAGGCCAAGGCCGCGGAAAAGAAGAAGAAGGGCAAGAAGAACAACGCAGGUGGCGCUGCCAAGAAUGGAACCGCUAACGCCGCCGACGACGCAAAGGCUGGCGGAAAGAAGGCCAAGGCUGAGAAAAAUGCCGCCGCGAAGAACGCUGCCGCGAAGAAGGUCAACGGUGCCGACAAUGCAGUCGGUGGUGCUGCCAAGAACGGAACUGCAAACGCUGGUGGCAAGAAGAACGGCAAGAAUGGCAAGGACGGCAAGAAGAACAACGGAGCUGCUGGAGGCGCCGCGGGGAAGAACAACCAGGCGGCCGAUGGCAACAACAUCCUCGCUUCCAUCCUUGAUAGUCUUACUGGAGGCGGUGCUGGUGGUAACACUGCCAACGCUGGCGGUGCCAACAAGGCUCAGAAUGACCCUCUUGCCCUGCUCAGCGGUCUUCUCGGACGUGACGAGGAGUCAGCCGACCUGGUUCAGCGCGAUGAUCAUGAAUUGGCUGAGCGCGACGACCAUGAGCUUGCCCAGCGCGACGAGGAGGAAGUCGAUCUGGAGUAA